GAGUAAACAUGGAGAGAGACUGUACUAUGCGCCGAAUAAAACCCGUUCAGAACAAGCAGAACCAGCGGGACUGUGCUGGUGAACCGGCCAGGCUGAACGGGCUCGGACCUGGGGCGCGGCGGCGGAAGCAGAAGCCGGAGGUGAGCGCGCAGCUGCUGGGAGAGAGUUCGGUUCUGCUGCUGCUGUUCGGGUUCGUGUGUCUGCUGUGGGUUCUGGUUCUGAUCUCACUACAGAUGCUCGUCAUCAGAUCCAGCGGGGAAUUCAACGCCAUCCGGGCCAGGAAGCAUUUGGAGCAGAUCACCAGUGUCGGACCACGAACCGUAGGAAGCCCCGAGAACGAGCUUGCGACGGUGAACUACAUCCUGGAACAGAUCGAACAGAUCCGGUUGGAGAGUGCGAACGGACCGCACGCCAUCACAGUAGACGUCCAGCGACCCACCGGCUCAUUCAGCAUUGAUUUCCUGGGCGGCUUCACCAGUUACUACGACCGUGUGACCAACAUCGCUGUCAAACUAGAGCCAAAGACGACAGCGCAACACUUCAUGCUCGCCAAUUGCCACUUUGAUUCAGUGGCCAACAGCCCCGGGGCGAGUGAUGAUGCGGUGAGCUGCUCGGUGAUGUUGGAGGUUUUACACUCUCUGGUGAAUCUAACCACGCCUCUCAAACACGGAGUCAUCUUCCUAUUUAACGGUGCAGAGGAAAACAUACUGCAGGCGAGUCAUGGCUUUAUUACCCAGCAUCCCUGGGCUCAACAGGUUCGAGCUUUUGUGAAUCUGGAGGCUGCAGGUGUGGGGGGAAAAGAGGUGGUGUUUCAGACAGGUCCAGAGAACCCAUGGUUAGUUCAGGCGUAUGUCCGUGCUGCUGUUCACCCGUUUGCAUCAGUGGUCGGACAGGAAGUGUUCCAGAGCGGCGUUAUUCCCUCGGACACAGACUUCAGAAUCUAUAGGGAUUUUGGGAAUAUUCCUGGAAUAGAUCUUGCAUUUAUAGAAAACGGUUUCAUCUACCACACUAAAUAUGACACUCCAGACCGCAUCCACACCGACUCCAUCCAGAGAGCAGGUGACAACAUCCUGUCUGUGCUCAAACACCUGGUGAUGUCAGAGGAACUGGGCAACUCUUCUGAAUAUCGCCAUGGCAACAUGGUUUUCUUUGAUCUGCUGGGCAUAACGGUGGUGGCGUACCCCGCCCGAGUCGGCACCAUCAUAAACUGUAUGGCUGCUGUGGCAACCCUCAUCUACCUGGGCAGGAAGUGCGUGCUGCCUAGCAAUGUGGGUGGGCGGUACGUCCGUGAGCUGCUGUAUGCGACGUGUGUGGCGGUUUUGAGUUGGUUCGUCACUCUGUUGACGGUUCUGAUCGUGUCUCUGUUGGUGACUUUGAUGGGUCGCUCCAUGUUCUGGUACAGUCACUUCUAUGCCUCUGUGUGCCUGUAUGGAUCUGCUGCUGUCGGCAAGAUGAUUCUGAUACACACGCUGGCCAAGAACCUGUACUACGGGAAUGUUCGUCGUGUGGAGUUGGGCGAGCUGUUUUUUGACGUCAGUUUGCUGAUGUGGUGUUUUGCGCUGUUUUUUCUCACUCAUCGUGGUCUGUGUUCAGCGUAUGUGCCCAUGAUGAUGGUGGUGUUUCCUCUGAGCAGCAAACUUCUGCUCAAAAAACACUUCACACAGAGAGGAGCGUCGCUGCAGUAUUCAGUUCUGUAUCUGACGGGUCUCGCGCUGCCGUACGUUCACAUCAUAUUUCUCAUCUGGAUCGUCUUCGAGAUCUUCACACCCAUUCUGGGUCGCAGCGGAACGGAAAUCCCGCCUGACGUCGUCCUGGCUUCUCUUGUUACCCUGGCAACCGUUAUUCUCUCUUCAUAUUUUAUGCAUUUGAUCUAUCUGGCUCGCAGUACGAAGCGGAUCUUGGUUGGUCUUGGAUCAGUGUUUGUGCUGAUGUUUAUGCUGGUCUCAUGUGGUCUGUUCUUUCCAUAUUCUGCUGACUCGUCCAGUCCACGACCCAAACGCAUCUUCAUGCAGCACAUCACACGCACCUUCCACGCGCUGGACGGAUCUGUGGAGCGCUCCGACUCCGGUCUGUGGAUUAACAGUCUGGAUUACACAGGAAUGCAGUACAUAACACCACAUAUACCAGAUAUAAAUGACAGCAUCCGCAUGCGCUGUCAGGAGAAUAUGCCCUUCUGCGGGUUUCCGUGGUUCCUGCCGGUCAAACUCCUUGUCAAGAAAAACUGGUAUCUUCCAGCUCCUGAAGUCUCUCCCAGAUCUCCACUGGAGUUUAGACUGAUAUCCAGACAGGAAACGGAAUGGGGGACCGUUAAAAUGACCUUUGAGGCCAAAGGGCCAAGUCACAUGUCUCUGUAUUUACUGCCGCACGCCGGCGCGUCUCUUACCAGCUGGUCGUUUGGUGACGGCACGCCUCAGUUCGACCUGAGUGGAGAAUAUUUCAUAUUUUACUCUCAUGGUCUCGAUGCACCUGCGUGGAACUUCUGGUUUGAGAUACAGAAGUCUUCAGACGUGUCGACUGAUGAGGGAAUGAUCUCUUUCGCCAUCUCAGCUCAUUAUUUCUCUGGUUUGGACCGACACUCAGAACCACUCAAAUCUUUACUGCAGAGAUUCCCAGACUGGGCGUUCCCGUCCUCAUGGGUCAGCACGUACCACAUGUACAGAUACUGAGGGGCCCCACACACACACACACACACACACACACACUCUUCUGAUGUCACUCACAGAGACAAGACUCAUCCAUCACUGUGUUUCCUGGUGCAGGUGAAUGAAGACACGACAGAAUCAUGGUCAAUCUUUUUUUUUUUUUGAAUUUCUCCCCAAUCUGGAAUGCCCAAUUCCCAAUGCGCUCUAAGUCCUCAUGGUGGCGUAGUGACUCACCUCAAUCCGGGUGGUGGAGGACGAAUCUCAGUUGCCUCCGCGCCUGAGACCGUCAAUCCACGCAUCUUAUCACGUGACUUGUUGAGCACGUUACCAUGGAGACGUAGCGUGUGUGGAGGCUUCACGCUAUUCUCCGCAGCAUCCGCGCACAACUCACCACGCGCCCCACUGAGAACGAGAACAUAUUAUAGUGACCACGAGGAGGUUACCCCAUGUGACUCAACUCUCCCUAGCAACCGGGCCAAUUUGGUUGCUUAGAAGACCUGGCUGGAGUCACUCCAUGGUCGAACAUUUUUAGACUAGCCAACUGACAGUGUUUGAUUUUAUUUUCGUUUAUGUUUUUUCUGUCUGUCCACAUAAAAAAAAAAAAUCCUCUUUUUAUGAAACCUUCCAUUCUCAGGUGAAUCUCAUGAAAACAUGUCCAGGUCAUAUUUCACCCCAAGAGAAAAAGACAUAAAUUACAUUUUGCAUAAAAAAGGGGCCUUUUUAGAGCCAAACAACUUCAUUUUCUUUGUAGGAAAUAUAUAUAUUUUUUACAUUGUCACAUUUUUGUUACAAUUAAGCAAUUUUAACAUUUUGAAUCACAAUACACUAAAUAUAAAGGGGGAAAAACACUCGUGCUGUGCAUCCCAAGAUAACUGCAUUCAAAAUAAAGAGGCAUCCGAAGCGUUGUAUUCAUUAGUGAUCACCACAGAUAUUCAGCCGUGAAAUGUCUCGAACACAACCACGAAUUCGCUGUUAUUCCUCCUUAUUCGAAAUGUAAAUUCAAGCUGACCCGUAACCAAGGAAGUUUGGGUUAAGGAUCGAUAGUUUACACCUUGCCAUCUUCACCAACAUGUGAUUGACACUUCGUUCAACUCUACGCAAGACUGUGGUAUUUAUAAGAAAGGGGGCGGGGUUUAAGAGGACUAAAUGAUCGGAGAAGUCCUGCAUACGUCACCAGAGAGAAGUCUGUCGUUUCAACGGAAGAUCGAGUCAUUACAUUUAACAUGCUUGUUUACAUGUGCUGCUGGAGGACUUCUGCUGCGUUACUGUAAUCAUGAGUUUCCAACGAGUAAAACAUCAAGUCUUUGUCAACCUCUUAAAGUUGUAAUCUUUACGACUUCUACCAAAGUCUUUCUAGCAAGUCAGUCCACUGUCGGUCAUCUUUGGGACGCUCUCAGGAGGAUAUUUCCAGUCAUGCCAGUGCAGCUCCAAUCUACUUGAAUGGAGAAAGACUGAAAUCUCCAAAACGGUUGGUCAAGAUUACGAUCAAAGGACAUAUUUCAAAUCAGCAGUAAAAUCUGACAAUACUGGAAUCAUAAAUUGUGAUUCUUGACCUCAUAUUACGCUAAAAACGCAAUGUUUGUAUAGCUAAUGUGCGUGCAUGUUCUAGAGUUGAUUGACAGGUGAUGUCUGUAUCUAAAAGGUGAUUGGCUCUUUUAACUGUAAGGCGGGACUUCCUUUCUACAUCCGUUGCCCAUUGGGCGCUCGGAGCUUCUUGGUUGGGCGUUCCAAUUUUUCCCAUUCAUUUCAAUAGAAGUGGCCCGUCUCUGCUAAAUAAUCUCUGAUUCUACUCGUAUUUCUGUUUGACGUGCACUUUAGCCGCGCUCUGGUGCGCUAGUUCUUCAAUAUUUUUGCAAGAAUUGCAUCAUCAAGUAUUGUACCAUCAUCAACAACAAAAAGUCAAAUAUAAACAUUGCCAUGUAGUCAUUAGCGUGUCUCCGAUCUCAGAUGGUCAUCUCGUUAUUACAGGAAUUCUGACAGGACGUAAACGCAGCAUUUAACACGACGACCUGAGCAGAAUUUAGGUCAAAUACAUAUUCAGUGUUUCUCAAGCCUGACACACUUAAACUGACAUUUUAAUGCUCCACUUUACAGAUCCAGAAUUCGGUCAUGGUCUUAAUUUCAUUUUCUGAAGUUCAUGUUUGGACUCGAAUGGCAGCCUCAUGUUAUAAGCCUUUUGAUAUAGAGAACCAAACAGUAAAAUAGCUUUACCACGGUAAAAGAGGUGUACUUAAUCAUGCUUUUCUAAACCUUGACAUCCAAGUGCUUUUGAGUCUUUAUCUCUUUAUAUAUAUUUCAUUGAUUCAUUUGUGAGGAGUUGAAGGACUGGCUGUUUUUAUAGUUUUCAUGUGAUCAGCAGCAGGAAGCAAGUUAUUCUGAACUGGAUUUUUUAAAAAGAUGCAUUUGUUUCUUAUUAUUUUCUUCGUAACUUUUGUUUUCCUGGUGCUAAUGUUUAACUUUUGUUAUUUGUUCGUUGUUUUUCCCCAGUUGUUUAAUGCGGAUGAUUGACAGUGUGAGAAUUUGCUAUAGUUAAUGGAGACUGUAGUAACUGUUCUGGGUUAAAACCAGGUCAAACCAGCUUGGACUGAUAAAGCUGAAUGCUGGUUGGUGGUCAAGAAGCCCCUCCCACUGGCCAACCAGCUAAUCAAUAAUCUAGACUAGUUUGGACCAGACGAUGACCAUUAAUGACUAGAAACCAUGUGAAGCAAUCAACCUGAUUUUCCAACAGUGAAUUAGUCACUGACAUCAGAUUUUUAAAGUCCUGAUACACAUCGGAGCAGUGAUUCUAGUGGAAACCUUCUUUUGUGACGGCUGUGUAAGAUUAUAUUCUUUCAUGAAAAAGGAAAAGGCACAACUAUGCAAUUAACAUUUAUUGAUGUAAAUAUUGAACACUGAAAUACAGUGAUGAUUAAUACUGUUUAACUGUACUGACCUGCUGUUAGUAUGACAGUCGACGUGUGUUUGGCUCACGGACCUUUAGAUGUUAAAGAUAGUUGGCUAUUGCUUUAUCAUAAACUGAAAGCGCAGCCAGCGUGAUUAGGAACUAGUCUAUUGCAGCAUGAGAUGGCAUCACAAAGAACCUGGAACCAUGAGGUCAUGACCUUUAACACUCAACCAAAUAUGCAUGUCUGAUACAGGCAAGAAUAAAGUCUUCACAGCACUGUAAUAUAGAAUUAAACGUUAAAACAAAAUCUAAUAAAAAAACAUCCUUACUGAGUAUUUUUAUCUAAUACAUCAUCUAAACAUUCUUAAAACAAGAUACAUUUACUUGAGAAACAAAAUUACAAGAUAUUAAGUUUAAUCUUUAGAGAAAUCUAACAAAAUGUAGUAAAGUUGAUAUUUUUAACAAGAAAAACUAUUUGCCAGUGAGAUCAUAGAAAAAAUACUUGAUUUAAAGAAUUACCCCAUUGGUCAUUUUUUUUUUUUUACCCCAUUGGUCAUUUUUUUUUAACCCCAUUGGUAAUGUAUUUUUUAUUUAUUUUUUUUUACCCCAUUUAUCAUUUGAAUUCUUACCCCAUUGGUAAUUUUUUAAUUUUUACCCCAUUGAUUAUUAUUAUUAUUAUUUUGUUACCCCAUUGGUAAAUAAUUUUUUUUACCCCAUUGGUAAUUGUUUUUGUUUUUUUAACCCCAUUGCUAAUUUUUUUUUUUAAAAUUUUUUACCCCAUUGAUAUAUUGUUUUUGUUUGUUUUGUUUUUUUUACCCCAUUGGUAAUUUUUAUUUUUUAUGCCAUUGGUAAAUCGGUUUUCUUUUUACCCCAUUGUUAAUUUUUUAUUUUUACUCCAUUGGUAAUUUUGUUUUGUUUUUUACCCCAUUAGUAAAUUCUUUUUUUUUUUUUUUAACCCCAUUGGUCAUUUUUUGUUGUUUUUACCCCAUUGAUAUUUGUUUUGUUUUUUUACCCCAUUGGUAAAUAAUUUUUUUAACCCAUUGGUAAUUUUGUUUUGUUUUAUUAUCCCAUUGCUAAAUUUUUUUUUCUUUUUUUACCCCAUUGGUAAGUUUUUGUUGUUUUUACCCCAUUGAUAAUUUUUUUUUUUUUUUUUUUUUUUUUUACCCCAUUGGUACAUAAUUUUUUUUUCACCCCAUUGGUAAAUGCUUUUUUUUUUAAAAACAUUUUUUUAACUCCAUUGGUAAUUUUGUUUUGUUUUAUUAUCCCAUUGCUAAAUUCUUUUCUUUUUUUUCUUUUUUUACCCCGUUGGUAAUUUUUUGUUGUUUUGAACCCAUUGGUAAUUGUUUUUGACCCCAUUGAUAUAUAUAUAUAUAUAUAUAUAUAUAUAUAAAAUCUAAUUUUUUUUUUUACCCCAUUGAUAAAUUCUUUUUUUUUUUUUUUUUUUUUUAACCCCAUUGGCCAUUUUUUGUUGUUUUUACCCCAUUGGUAAUUUUGUUUUGUUUUAUUAUCCCAUUGCUAAAUUCUUUUCUUUUUUUACCCCGUUGGUAAAUUUUUGUUGUUUUACAACAUUAGUAAUUUUUUUAAUGUAAUGAAAAAUGUUUUGAUGUCCACAAAUUCAUAAAAUGAAUCACAGGAACAAUAAAUGAAUGAUUUGUCUAAUAUAAUGUCCUUAAUGUUUUGAGUUCCUUUCAGAUUUGAUUUCUGUGUGUAAACUUGUUUUUCAAUUGUUUAGUUCUGUUCUAAUGUUUAUUUAUAGUGUUUGCUGCACUGAAAUAAAACAAUUUUCUAUAACAAACUGGAUUUGGGUCUUUUGUCACUUGAAUAAAAUCUGCUUUUAUGAAAGUUAAGAAAAGCUUCAAAUUGUUGCAUAGCCAGACAACAUCAACCACACAGUGCAAAUGAUGUUUAAAAAAUAAUUUAUUGUUCUGUAUGUACAGGAAAAUAUAGAAAAUUGAGUAGAAAAGUUAUUGUACAGGGAAAUAUCUGUGCACUGCAUUGAGAGGAAACACUAGAGCCACAAAAUGUUUUCAGAUCGCUGGAGAGUUUGUACAGAUGAAGAAAUAUUCAACAUCUCAAAGUCUCUUCACUAAGAGUACCAACUCACACAUGUCCCGACUUCAAAAUCACAUCUACACUUUAGUAGAAAAUGAAACAAACUCUUCCAUUCAAUGUCAGAGAGCAACAAUGUAUUUCACUGUGACGUCAUUAAAGGGAAAAGAGGAAUUUUGGGGGAUUUUGUACAUGUUGGAUUAUGAAACCUGUCAGUGAAUUCUUAAUCUCUUUACAAACACAAUGUCAUGCAGCUCUUUGGUUUGUGAAUAACACCAUCACAACUUCACUGCACCAACAUGUUCCUCAUAACAACAUAAACUCAGAUUAGGAACAGAUUUAGAUCUAAAUGCGACAGGAGAAAGAGCUGUUUGGGGGAAAUAAAACAUUAAAAUAAAGAGAUGCAUCUCGCUAAUACUCCAAAAGACAGUAAAUAAUGCAUAGUAAUAUCAAUAAUAAUAAUAAUAAUAAUACAAAGGCAUUCCAUAUGUUUACUAUGUUCAGGGGCGCAUUAAAGUACCGUGGGGUUAGACGGACGGCUUUUGCUGUUGCGUACCAUUUAUAUAAGCGUUUCCCGCUGAAUUUACAUGUUCCUGUGAAAGUCGAUGGGGGAUAAUAGGAUGGCGGACGCCGCGAUUGGGCUUAAGCCUGUGCAUUAUUGCGCCCCUGCCCGUUACAUCAUUUGGUCCACUCUGCACUUAAAGUUCCAAUAAAAGGCAGCGCUAAUGAGCCUGGUGUUAAAGGUGCUGUAUGCGAUUUCAGCUGUUCUACUUCCACGAGACUGAGCCGUUGGAUUAGCCACGCCCCCUGUUUCCAAAACCCCACCCACCAAAGAUACCAAAUGAGCUUUGAGACCAACAUCAUGCAGAAACGGCUGUUAAAAACAACAGCUGCAAAAUAGCGCCCUCAGCUGACAACUGUUAUGAACAACAUGGCAUAAAAAUGGCAUUAAGCCUCAAUAAUUCGCUGCAACUACAAUACUAUGAAAACACGCAAAAUGAUUGACAGGUCAAAAGCAUCAUUGUCCGCAGACACAUUUUUGUUUUCUGUUUACACAGUCUAGUGAUGUCACAGAGACCGUUGAGAUAUCUCGCGACACUUAUUUCAGUAAUAUCUCUCAGGUAGUAGGAAAAAUUUUUGCAUACCUAUCCAUGACGGGUUUUUUUUUUU